CAGAGCGUUUGCUUGUGAGGUUAAGAAAGUUUUGCUGACUUUUGAAGUCUCACCUCACAAACUAUGAAACCUCAAAACAGCUGUUGUUGUAAUUAAAGAAAGUGUGUCAGUCAGCAAUAAAACAAGAAUGAAUACAAAACUGCUGCAAAGUCAAUAAGGGCAACCUCUGCCUUUUGGCUUCCAUUUGCAAACAAGACUUUCUCAGCAUAAACCAGACGGGGCGUUUUUAUUUUCAGUGUCUGGUUUGUCUCUUUCUCUUCGUUUCCGGCAGAGGACGGCACAAUCGGUGACCACCCACUUCCCUCAUAGAUCUUCCCUCUCAUCCUCUUGGGAAAAGUUGAGAUUUUUGGAUUGUUUUGAACACUUGCAGAAGAGUUGAUGUUAAGUGAUAGAAAGGGUGAGGUGGGCUGAAUAAUAUGGAUUCUCUUUGUUGCUUCAACUCUGCCAAUCAGGCGGGUGGAGGACGUUCGUCAUCUAGCUCUGGGAAGGGCAAAAGCUAUCUGUGCCCUGUUAAGUAUGGCUUUAGCCUAGUUAAAGGUAGGGCAAACCACCCAAUGGAGGAUUUUCACGUUGCAAAAAUCAUCCAGAACAAAGGGCAAGAGUUAGGACUUUUUGCUAUAUAUGAUGGACACUUAGGGGACAGUGUGCCCGCCUAUUUACAGAAGCAUCUCUUUUCCAAUAUCUUGAAGGAAGAGGAUUUCUGGACUGAUACAAACAGUUCCAUCAUUAAAGCUUAUGAGACAACAGAUGAGGCCAUUCUUUCUCACAGUUCUGAUUUGGGGGUAGGAGGAUCAACUGCAGUUACUGCCAUCCUUUUAAAUAAUCAGAAGUUAUGGGUAGCAAAUGUUGGAGAUUCACGAGCAGUUCUGUCUAGGAGAGGGGAGGCCAUACAAAUGACAAUUGAUCAUGAGCCCAAUACUGAAAGGGGCAUCAUCGAAAACAAAGGCGGCUUUGUCUCAAACAUGCCAGGAGAUGUUGCGAGAGUGAAUGGGCAGCUUGCUGUUUCACGGGCAUUUGGAGACAAAAACCUAAAGUCACAUUUGAGAUCCGAUCCCGACAUUCGUCACGACGAAAUUGACUCAGAUACUGAGUUUUUGAUACUUGCUAGUGAUGGUCUAUGGAAGGUAAUGGCAAACCAAGAGGCAGUUGAUAUUGCAAAAAAGAUCAAAGAUCCACAAAAGGCAGCAAAACAAUUAACUGCCGAGGCAUUGAACAGAGAGAGUAAAGAUGAUAUUUCCUGCAUUGUGGUUCGUUUCAAGUGAUUGUGAUAUAGGGAACAUAAAGUAUUCAAUCUAUGAUUGCUUCCAAUAUAGGGACAGAAGUCCUUACUCUACAAUUUGUUUGGAGAUCUCAUGAAAUUCGUUCAGUUUGGAAUUUUCUACUGCAUAGGUUUCGAAAUUGAAGUUCUUCAAUUUAGGUGGUGCCAUUUAGUAUUUCUUGAUUGCUUCUGUGUAGAUUAAUAACAUCAAAUUUCUUUGUAAUUUGCAUUAUGACAUGACAUGGGAAUUAUGCAUUCUAUGGUAUACAUGAGUGGCCUUGUUUGAA